AUGGCUUUCCAAGGCAACAUCACCCUCGUCUACAUCGACAGGACCGACGUCUUCGGCCCAUCCGAGAAGAGACCCCUCGUCAUUCCUCCAGACGUCAGCUACGAAAACUUCCGGGCCAUAGCGACGGCAAAGCCCUGGCGUCGCCGUCCUGCGGCUGCAGACGAGCUCCAACUGCGCAGGCUUGAAGGGGCGCUCGAGGUGAAGCAACCUCCCGAGCACAUCCUCGUCGCACUCGGCCGGCUGUAUACCUCAUCCGAAGCUGGCAUCCCCUCCAAGGGGCAAGGAAGGCAGCGCGACGACCGCGAUGCACGGGUGUACAAGCUGACUGUUCCUGGGGCGGAUCCCUGUUGCCGCCAGGACGCUGAACCCCAGGAGGUGUUUGUUGAGAUGGUGCGGCACAUAGAGAGUGGAAGGGAUGUCAACCUGCAGCUGCAGCGGCCAUGGCACCUUGACUCGGCAUGUAUGGCCGGUGAUUACAUCGAUGAUAUGGAUAUUGAAGACCGCCACCACCAGAUGCUUCCGCAGCUCCCCGGAAAUAAGGACCCAACCGACGGCACUUCGAAUCUUAUGCUGAACGAACCUCUUCCGGCGCAAGAAGAAGCGGCAUUAGAGGGGAGCGACGCAGAAUCCGAGGCUGGUGGUUCCAGGAGAAAGUCUUCAUUCUCGAGCAUUGCAGAGUCUGACAGAACCACACUGACUGAGCUUUCUGACGAUGGCUGCUCGACUUCUAACGGCGACGCUCACAAGCAGUCAAAGGACGAAAAGUAA